AUGCCUCAGUUUGGUCCUGCUAAUGAGCGUGCUUCGAUCUUGAAAUCCAUUACCAAUAUUUGGAAUGGAAAUCCAGCCAACUUUUUACCAAUAGCGUAUCCUUCGAAUCCAACAGAGCAUAUAUUUCCAGAUUCUCUCAUUAUUGUUCGUGAGGACGAACCAACAUCAAUCCUGGCAUUUACUUUGGGCUCACGGCAUUAUAAAGAAAAGCUUGUAUCCAUGCAACCAGGCACAAACACCGACUCAAUUGCAGCCUCGCAGGCUCCUGCAGCGGCAGUUUUUGGUGAUAUCGAGGAAACGCUGCUUCGAGGAACUGGGACGCACAUUCGAUACCAAUUUUGGGAUGGUCCUACUCGUAUGCACUGUAAAGUGUUUUUUGCAGAGCAAUUUGAUGCCUUGAGAAGAAACUGUGGUGCAGAUGAGCAGUAUGUGCAAUCGUUGGCUCGAUGCAUCAAAUGGGAAGCAUCUGGUGGCAAAUCAGGAUCUACAUUUUUAAAAACUCGUGAUGAUUGGUUGGUUGCAAAACAACUGUCUCGACCAGAAAUGGAUGCUUUGUACAAGUUUGCACCCGAGUAUUUUGAAUACAUGUCACGGGCCUUUUUUCAUGAAUUGCCGACAGUACUGGCCAAGAUUUUUGGAUUUUAUCGCAUUGGAUUCAAGAAUCCAGUUACAGGGAAAACAAUCAAAAUGGAUCUUCUUGUCAUGGAAAAUCUAUUUUACGAUCGGUCUAUUUCGCGGAUAUUUGAUUUGAAAGGAUCAAUGCGGAACCGUCACGUUCAAUCUACAGGAAAGCAAAAUGAAGUUCUUAUGGACGAAAAUCUGGUUGAAUUUAUAUAUGAUUCGCCAUUAUUUAUUCGAGAGCAUAGCAAAAGGCUUUUGCGUGCAUCUGUUUGGAACGAUACUUUAUUUUUAUCCAAACUAAAUGUCAUGGACUAUUCCUUGCUUGUGGGUAUUGACAGUGACUCAAAUGAGCUAGUUGUUGGCAUUGUUGAUUUUAUUCGGACAUUUACAUGGGACAAGAAAUUAGAGAGUUGGGUCAAGGAAACUGGAUUUCUUGGCGGUGGAGGAAAAGAGCCAACAAUUGUUACUCCACGACAAUACAAAAAUCGGUUCCGUGAAGCCAUGGAAAAGUAUUUUUUAAUGGUUCCAGACAAAUUUCUGAUUGCAGAUGCAGAAGGAUCGCUACUGGGUUCUAAAUAAGAACUACAUGCGUUUGAACUUUAUUCAUUGUAUAUAAUAUUUUGGAUUUGUCUACAUUAUCAUCAUAUUUAUUUCUGAUUGUCAUGCACUACCCAAUAAAAAUCUAGCAACUGGACUUUAUCCAGAU